UUUGUUUUGGUAUAAAUAAAUAAACCUUCGCUUCUCUUCUCCUAUCUCACCUCAGUCAGUCCUCAAUCUCAUCCUUCUUAAUUUCAUUCUUCAAAGGAUCGAUCACACCCACUCUCACUGCAACCAAUCAGUUGGAGGGCGGAUGAGUUUGCAGAGGAGGGAUGAUAGGUACAGGAGGGUGCAACGAGUUCGUAAUCCAGCAUCCACCAAAAACAACCACUGCCAAACACAAUUACAUGAAAAUGGUGAUGUUGGUUGCUCAAAUCCACCUAGAAGUCGUUGUGAAGAGGAGGAGAAUUUACCUCACCUGCUUCAAGAGAUUCAGGACAAGCUCACCAAAGACGAUGUGGAAUGCAUGAUUUGCUAUGACAAGGUUUGCAGGUCUGCUCCAGUCUGGUCAUGCUCCAGUUGCUACUCCAUAUUUCACCUACAUUGUGUAAAGAAGUGGGCUCGAGCACCUUCUUCCAUUGAUUUGUCCGUAGAGAUAAAGAUUAACUGGCGCUGCCCUGGUUGCCAGUCCGUGCAACUCACAUCAUCCAAGGAGAUCAGCUAUGUUUGCUUCUGUGGAAAGAUACCAGACCCACCAUGUGACUUUUAUCUCACACCGCAUUCAUGUGGAGAACCAUGUGGGAAGCCUCUUAGUGAUCUUAAGUUCAAGAAUAAGGAGGAGGAGGAUCAUCUUUGCCCUCAUCUUUGCGUCUUGCAAUGCCACCCCGGUCCAUGCCCUCCUUGCAAGGCAUUUGCUUCACCAUGUUUGUGUCCUUGCGGGAAGCAAACCAUCACCACUCGUUGCUCUGACCGCCCCACCUGUGGCCACCGUUGCAAUAAGCUUCUUCAAUGCGCCCGUCAUUGUUGUCAGCAAAUUUGCCAUUUGGGUCCUUGUGGCCCCUGCCGUUUUCCAAUCAACGCCUCUUGCUUUUGCAACAAAAAGAUGGAGGUUAUUCUUUGCGGGGACUUGACAGUGAAAGGUGAAUUUGAAGCACAAGGUGGAGCUUUUUCUUGCAGUUCCACGUGUGGAAAGAAACUUGCUUGUGGCAAUCAUGCCUGUACUGAGACUUGUCACCCAGGAAGUUGUGCAGAGUGUAUCUCGUCAAUAACUCAUGUUAAAACAUGUUGUUGUGGGAAAGCUAAAUUGGAGGAGCAACGACAUAGUUGUUUAGACCAAAUUCCCACGUGUUCACAAGCAUGUGGCAAGUCCUUGCCUUGCGGGAUGCAUCAAUGUAAACAGGCUUGUCAUGCAUGGGAUUGUGCUCCUUGUUUGGUUCUAGUCUCCCAAAGGUGUCGAUGUGGCUCAAUUUCCCGAGCCGUGGAGUGUUGUAAGACAACAUCAGAGAAUGAGAAAUUCACUUGUGAAAAGCCUUGUGGGCAGAAAAAGAGUUGUGGAAGACACCGAUGCAAUGAACAAUGUUGUCUUCUUUCCAAUCCAAAUGCAAAUUGGGAUCCACACCUCUGUUCUGUGCCAUGUGGAAAGAAGCUAAGAUGCGGCCAGCAUGUAUGUGAAUCCUUAUGUCACCGCGGCUAUUGUCCACCUUGUGUUGAAACUAUAUUCACUGAUCUGACAUGUGCAUGUGGAAAGACUUCAAUCCCUCCUCCGUUGCCUUGCGGAACAACGCUUCCUUCAUGCCAGCUUCCAUGCUCUGUUCCUCAGCCUUGCCACCAUCCAACCUCCCAUAACUGCCAUUGUGGAGAUUGUCCUCCUUGCACAGUGCUAGUAGCAAAAGAAUGUGUUGGUGGGCACGUAGUUGUCAGGAACAUGCCUUGUGGUUCAAAAGAUAUUAGGUGCAAUGAGCUCUGUGGGAAGACCAGAAAGUGUGGUUUACAUGCUUGUGGCAGAGCAUGCCACCCUCCACCUUGUGAUGAUCACUCUACCGUGGAAGGUGUCCAUGGUUCUUGUGGGCAAACAUGUGGUGCCCCUAGGAAGGACUGUCGGCACAUGUGUAUAGCUCCAUGUCACCCUUCAUCUCCAUGUCCAGAUAUCAUAUGCCAAUUUCAGGUCACAAUUGCUUGUUCUUGUGGCCGAAUAACAGCAAAUGUUCCUUGUGACGCGGGUGGUAGUCGUAGUCGUGCCUUACAUGAAGCUUCAAUUAUUCAAAAAUUGCUACUUCAACCAUUGGAUGACAAUGACAAAAAAAGUCCACUGGGACAAAGAAAACUUAUGUGCAAUGAUGAGUGUUCUAAGUGGGAGCGUAAAAGAGUUCUUGCACGUGCUUUUGAGAUUACCUCACAAAAGUUGGAUUCUCUCCAGUUCGGUGAAAAUUAUGAAUCGCUGGCUUAUUUGUUGAGACGUGAUUCAAAAUGGGUUUUAUCAAUUGAGGAGAGAUGCAAGUUUUUAGUACUUGGAAAGAGUAGAGGAACUACAACACGAGGUUUAAAAGCCCACAUUUUCUGCCCCAUGCUAAAGGAUAAGAGAGAUGUAGUGAAGUUGAUUGCUGAAAGAUGGAAGCUUUCAGUGAGUACAUGUGGUUGGGAGGCAAAGAGUUUCAUCGUGGUUCAUGUUACCAAAAAAUCAAGACCUCCAACACGAGUGCUAGGGGUAAAAGGUGUCUAUGCGUCUCUUGACUCUCUUCCUCCAGCAUUUGAUCAUUUGGUAGACAUGGACCCUCGACUUGUUGUCUCUUUUCUAGAGUUACCGAGGGAUGCAGAUAUUAGUGCACUGGUGUUGAGAUUUGGUGGUGAGUGUGAACUUGUUUGGUUAAAUAACAAGAAUGCAUUGGCUGUUUUUAAUGAUCAUGCCCGAGCGGCAACUGCAAUUAGGAGGUUGGAUCAUGGAACUGUAUUCCAAGGUGCUGUUGUGAUUGUUGGAAAAUCUUCAGUUGUUAAGAAUGCAUGGGGAGGAUCUGGUGGUGCAAUGAAUGGAGGAGAAACAAAGGGUAAUUCAUGGAAAAAUGUUGUUGGUUGGGGUGAAGAUGAGGAUUUGGUUACUAAUAUCCAACCAACUAUGUGGAAGAAAUUAGAAGCCCCAAUAUCUGCUUCAUUGAAUCCUUGGAGUGUCUUAGAUCAAGUAUCGUCUUCAAGUUCAUGAGUUGAAGCUGAAGUUUCUAGGAAACACACUGAAAGUAAUGUCAUCACUCAUGAUGGUGGUUCGUAUCUGGAAGUGUUGCAUGGUGGAAACUUUGACGCAUAGGAAGUUUAUGAUGUUAUAGAUGAUUGGGAGAAAACUUUUGAUUGUGAAUAAUUGGUGCAUUCCCAUGUUUUGGAAACUUUGAGUUUUGAUUGAUUCACACCUACCUUUUUUAUCUAUCUUAUUUUAAAAUAACAUUUUUUUAAUAUUACUAGUUUCUUUUCCUACCA